CGUCGGCCGGGGCUCGGCGGCGGCGCGCGGCGGGCCGGGCUGGGCGCUGUGCGCGCGCUGGGGCAGGAGGAUGCGCCGCGCGGAUUUGCCAGUUCCUUUAUGCCAAUGGGAAUCGUGUCCUGGCUCCUUGUCAGUGCUUUAAGAGAAGCCGAUGCUCUGAACAGAGGUUGUGGGGUGGUGCAGCCACACAAGGACCUGCUACAUGGAAGGGAGAGCCUGUGGAUUGACUCUGACCAGCCACACAGAAAUGGGACGUCCUUGAGCAUCCCUUAAGCGUUUCUGGGCGCGGAAGUCCAGGCAGCCUGGAGCUGGCUUGCUCAUCACCUGGCUCAGCUCCUCACUGUUGCAUCCUGAAACUCUGGGGGAGCUUGAGCUCUUUUCUUGGAGGUUCUUGAAAGAAAAAGGGCAAAGUGCUACAAACCACAACAGCUUCCACUCUAAAAAUACCAUAAAAGGCUGUGUCCUUAGAAGCUGGGCAUAGGAGCAGUUCCCACCCACAUUACAGCAGCAUGAGUCACCAGGCUAUUGCAACUGCUUUCCAUGUGGAUGCCCGGCUAAAGAUGCACCGAGGAACAGAGGGAGGGAGGAACGGGAACUGCUCUGUAGUGCUGUGGAAGCGGUGAAGAGUUACAAAGAAGAGGAUGACAUGCAGGCACACGUGAAACUUGACCUUUGCUUUCCUUUUGUCAGGUUUUUGGUUGAUUGUUUGGGGUUUCUUUGUUUGUUUUUUGGAACUUGCAGCAAAUGCUGUUUGCUGAUGAUUUGAGCCUAAGGCAUUUGCAGCCAAGAGUCUUCUGAAUACGCAGAAACCCCAGUUUGCUUUUAGGAAUCACAGUAAUUGCCACAUUAAUAAUAUGAAGCUGGAAAACCCCUCUGACGUGGAAGUACGUUUUAUUUACUCUCUUUAAGCAAAGUUUUUCUCUCUCUAUCCUCCUCGUUUUCAUCUUCUCUCUCAUACCUGGAGCAGAAAUGGGCUGUGUGUUCUUGUGACAGAUGGUAUAAAAGCACAUCUGCCUUGCGCUGCUUGCUGCUCUUACCCUGCUUUUUAUCCAACAAGCAGGUAUUAGGGAGUAAAUUAGGGUUUGUUUAGGUUCCUUUCCUGAGACUCCACCCACCUGCCCAGGCCCCAGCAAGGCUACGGUUAUUGUUUUCCCUUUUCCUUCCCUUCUACUUGACGUCUUGGCUAUCGGGCUUUACCGGAAUAACUUUGUCAGUGAGAAAUUCUAUAAAAAGCUUCCUUUAUUUAGACACCGACCCAGUAAUGACAUCAUGUGGACACGUCUUCCAAGUUCCACCAGGCUGAGCGGACGGAGGGAGGCGGUGGCUGUGAAGCUGAGCCCUGCCUCUUUCCCAGUACACCCCUGUGGUUCUGCUCAGUGGAUGUCCUUCGAAAUUACUCCAGACCCCCCAGCACACUUCUGCAUCUCCUUUAGGAAACUUUUUGGUGGUAUAAUAUGGUGUGGUGGUCUGGUUGUCUUCCUGCUCAUCCCUUUCAGCUUCUGAUAUGAAGAAGGAUAUAGAGUCUUUAAUAGCCCAGGAAAAAGCAGAGAUCGUUGCCAAGUAUGAGAAGGGCAGACAGGAAGGAGCUCCGAUUGACCACUGGGAAGAUGCCGAUUUCGCCCUGUAUAAAGUUACAGACCGGUUUGGAUUCCUGCAUGAGCAGGAGCUGCCAACCCGCACCGCCUUGGAGGAGAAGCAAAAACAGCAGGAAAUUGAACGUGUGGACAAGUGGCUUAAGAUGCUGAAGAAAUGGGGCAAAUAUAGAAACAGUGACAAGAUGUGCCGGCGAGUGUACAAAGGGAUCCCACUCCAAGUGAGAGGCCAGGUCUGGUCACUUCUGCUGGAUGUCGAGAAGAUGAAGAAGGAGAACGAAGGAAAAUAUGAGCAAAUGAAAGAACAAGCAAAGUGCUUUUCAUCGGAAAUCAAGCAGAUAGAUUUGGAUGUUAACCGCACCUUCCGAAACCACAUCAUGUUUCGGGAUCGCUACGGAGUGAAGCAACAGGCACUCUUCCACGUCUUGUCAGCAUACUCUGUUUAUAACACCGAAGUAAGCUACUGCCAAGGGAUGAGCCAGAUUGCAGCCAUCCUCCUGAUGUACUUAAAUGAAGAGGAUGCAUUUUGGGCACUGGCACAGCUGCUGACCAAUCAGCGACACGCCAUGCACGGUUUUUUCAUUCCUGGGUUCCCGAAGCUGCAGAGGUUUCAAGCUCACCACGAACAGAUUUUAAGCAAACUGUUUCCCAAACUGAAGAAGCACAUGGACAAGGAGCAGAUGACUACAGGGAUUUAUACAACCAAGUGGUUCCUGCAGUGUUUCAUUGACCGGACGCCCUUCACCCUCACCUUGCGGCUGUGGGAUAUCUACAUCCUGGAAGGGGAGCGUGUGCUGACAGCCAUGGCUUACACCAUCCUCAAACUGCACAAAAAGCGCUUGCUGAAGAUGACACUGGAAGAUUUACGUGAGUUUCUGCAGGAGAAAAUUGCUGCUUCCCUGCAGUAUGAGGAUGAUGCAGUCAUCGAGCAACUGCAGGUGUCAAUGACUGAACUGCGGAAGAUGAAAUUUGACCUCCCACCACCAGCAAAGCCUGAAGAGUUUCCAAGGAAACCCCUGGGGCUGGAACUCUCUCUCAAUCCAGUAGCUGUAAAGGACAACCCAGCAGCCAACAGCCAGAAUGGCCGGGUGGGCGAGCACACCCCGGACAGGGAGCCCCAUCCCCACAGAGUUCCUGGGGGACCAGGAGAAAUGACAGUGGUGGAAGAGAGGAUUCCCACUCUCCAGGGCAGUGAAGCAGCUGAAGCAACAAACCUGCCUCCUCCUGGUGGGAGGCCACUGGAAGAGCAGAGCCGGGUGGAGCCCAUCGUGGACGGGCAGCCAUCAUCUCUUCUGAAGGCAAGCGAGACACAGGUUCAUCAUCACCUCCUGCCCACAGCCCUGCCUCCAGAGGAGCCUCUUCUUGCUCCUGGCUGUGCCAUGAUGGACCAUGGAUUCCCCCUCCAUGCCCCAGCUGAGCACAGCUCCUUAGACUCCUCUCUCCAAAACAGGCCAACUCCUUCCGACUCAAGCACUGCUGAGCUUUCCACUACGGACGAUGCAGAAUGGCAGCCAAAUCCUGCUGCCCUGCCGGCAGGAGAACAAGCAUCUUCCCUGUGUGAAGAUGCAGCGCUUGAAGCACCCCCACAUCCCCUGCUGGGCAGCUGCCGGCGUCUCUCUUGCACGUCACAGCACGACGGCUCUCCCGAGAGUGGGCUCAGGGAGGCAGCAGACCAGGAGCACUGCAGAGCGGUGCUGCCGGGCAAAAUGGACUUGAAGCGCUCGGCAUCCAAAGCUGCAUCCACAGGAGAGCUCACCAGCCUGCAGAAUGGGCUGGGGAGCGCCGCUGACACUGUGCACUGGCCCAAGGACAGGGUGGCGGGAGGCAGCGUGCCCAUCCUAUCCAGCAGCGAGCCAGAGGGAGCAGGGCUGGGUGAGGGCUGCCCCUUCCAGCGGGCAUCAUCCCCUGUGGCGGAGGGGAACAGCCCCUACAUCGUUAUCAAAACCGUCACUCCCCUCCACCUGGCCCACGCGACAGAGCAGGAUUUCUUGAACAGAAAGCAGGUGGCGUUGCCUCUGUUGGAGACUGGACACCCCCUGCCUGCCACCUCCUCGCCACCAACUCUUACGCCGGACCCGGAGGAGGUGGAUGUCCAGAAGGGCCUUCAGAAACCAUUAAAUGCACUGAAAUCCCCACGACCCCCUCUGAGCCCCAAACCAAAAUUACCGCCACAGGUUGCCAAAUCCCGCUCAGAGAACAGUUUCCUUUCAGGCUCUCCUCCCCUGGAAAAGCUGCCCAAAUCAGUGACGUUUUAGUGGAGGUGGGAGAGGCAAAGGAGAGGAAGCGGGUUCUGGAGCAACACCCCUGCCCCAUUUACAGGAUCCCCAUCCUUCAGCAGGGCUGUGUCGGGGUGACAGCACAGCAGCCGUCGCAUGUCAAGCUGUGCUUUGGUACGUGUGCCCAGCGAGGAGACGAAGCAGGGGCCACCAGCAACAGGAGACACCAACAAAUUGGAUUUGCAUCUUUCCUAUGGACAAAUUGGAAAGUGAUUUCGUUUUUGUUCCUCAAAGCUCCCCGAGCUGCAUCGCUUGGGGGAAGAGGCAGGGCUGGUGAAGGUGUUGCGUGUUUUCUUCUGCUCCUGCCUGCCAUGGGUACCCAUGGCCAAGGAAGCAGGCACAAGGCAUAGGAGUCCGAGAUGCUUUCUUUAAAAUGCCCCAGCAUUGGCACAGCCACAGCAUUGGUUUCAAAGAGCCUAUGUAGCAAUAGAUCUUUAUUUCAUUUCCCAGACCUGUGGUUGUAGGCAGCAGGAUUUCCAGGCAGGGCCGUGGCAUCCUGGCCUGCUGCUCCCUCUAUGCAAUUCCACAAAGCGGUGCCCAGCUGUACUCGGCUCCUGCCACGGUGGUGGAGGUGUCCCAGAGAAGAGGUUUUACAGCUGACAAGUCCCUUAAGGGUCUGCUUGGUGUUACCCUGGUGGAGGACCACUCGCAAGGUGGUUCUUUCCCAAGUUCUCAAGGUGACAAGGACAGUGAUGAAGGUUGAGCCUGGUCUCUUGAGCGGAGGGGCCUGUCUGCUGGCCUUUCCCUCGCAGGUCCAGCAUGGCGAGCAGGCUCGCCGCCUUUUUGUUGGCCAAACAGAAAAAGGGACUGCUGGCUUGGGAGGCCUGCUGCCAUGAGCAAGCUGCUGGAGGUGCAGUGGCAUCUACUCACAGUGCCCAAGCUGAAGUCUGGUUUUACUUUUAGCGGGUUAAGUGUCAGGGUGGAAAGGGCAUAGGAGUUGGGGAAAGGAAGCACGUUGCCCAGGGCCUGAUCUCAGCUCUUCUUGUUUAGAUCACACAGAAAUUAACCACCAAGGAAGGAAACCUGGGCAUGAUGGGUGCCCACAUGCCUGCUUGCCCUUCAUGCACCAAGUCUUGGUGGCCUGUCCAUCUUCUCCCCAUCCCAGAGUGUUGCUGCUGCACAGCCCAAGCCAUUGGUUGGAGGUGUACAGGGACCUUGGGACACGCACUCCACAGAAAGAGGUGGUCCAAAAUCCUGUUCCAGCAUCUGCUUCCCCCCUAGAGGUGAAGGGCCUUCAUCAGGAAGGUAGAUCAUUGGAGGAAGCAGGAAAUAAACCAGUCUAGAUGUGCUUUUUGACCUUACGGUUCAGAAGGGGUGGCUGCAGGUGGGAUUCCCACCCCUUCAGUGGAGCCUCUGAGCAAAAGCUUCUUUAAGUUUCUAAGGAGACUUAAAAAACUAAUUUUUUUGUCUCAGAGGCUGCUUCAAUAGCAUAACCUGACCUGAAGCCUAUGUGAAAGCCCAGCACAAAACUUCCACUAAAUUACUUUCUGGGAUCCAAGAGUUGGACUCGAUGAUCCUGAUGGGUCCCUUCCAACUCAUCAUAUUCUAUGAUUCGAUGAUUUAUCAGGGUUUAUUUUGCCUUGUGUACGUGUGGUUGGUUGUGUUUGUAGCAGGAAGAGUGUCAAAGGGAGCACCCGAUCUUUGUUUGGAUGUAGCCAGCCAGACUACAGCACUCUCAGCUUCUGUUGCUCUGUCCAAGGCCCCAUCUUCUGCUGAGAUUCUAGCCUUGGCUGUCCUCUCCCUCUGCAAAGCAGGGAUAACCCUAUUAGCUACCUCACAGGGGUGUUGUGAGGAGUCAAGUGUUGCUGUUUGAGGAAAAGUGCUCUAUGAAUGUUCAGUAUUUGUGUUUUGAGACACCACUGGUCCUUUCUAGGACAAUGGUGCUUGAGUUGUUUUUAAUUUAGAGUAUGUUUUCCCAUAACUCUGCAUACUUAAACCUAUUUAUGUGUUAAAAUACCUGAGCAGUAUUUGAGGACAGAUAUCCAUUGCCUUUUGUUGGUAGCCCACUGGCCAUUGGAGCUGACUGUGAAGCAACGAGAAGCAUCUGAGGGCUGUUGGUCACAUCUUGGCUUGGCUUCUGUAGCCUGGGGCUCUGUCCUCUCCUUGAAGCCCAUAUAGGACUCCUGCUAAUGCAUCUGAGCAUUUGGCUCACGGGUGCAGGAGCUGACACCUCUUUCCCCUCAUUUUGACCUGUUUUCCCUCAUUUCAGACACACAGCCUUGGCACAUCAUGUUGCUUGUGCACCCGUGCUCCUCACCCAGCAUAUGUCUGGGAUGUUUUGCAGUAUUAACAUGUAAGAAGGUGGUUUGCUCUAAUUUUGGAGAGCUGUCAAAUGCACAGUACUCAUUGCAUAGCGUUUGGUGCAUGAUGUUCAACAUAAAUUUUGAGGGGGUGGUUCCUCCCCUUCAAACCCUAAUAGGAAUGAGCAGCAAAGUUCUCAGUCACCUCCAUGCCUGGGGGAAGCCACCAGCUGGUUUCAGUGACCUUUGGACCAGGCACACAAAGGCUCCUCCUUUCCACCAAUGUGCUUCUUGCUGGGAAGGUCUCUGAGCUCCUGACCGUGCCACCUAAGAAGUUCUUCUCCAGCCUGCAGGCACUGAAAGCUGGUAGGUUUGGGAAGAGGCCCUUUGCCACAGCUGGCUGGGAGCCAGCAGCGCGCAGUGCUUUCCUUCAGCACAUCAAAGCAUGAUCUACAAGGAGAUGACGAAUCCUGCCUCCUCUUGUCUGCAGACCUGCCUCCUGCUGCAGACAGAAGUGCUGCCAUGGCAGGUCUGUGGCAGCCAGGAUGGGCAGGACACGGCCCAGCCUCUGUUUUUUUCACUGGGAAUAGGAAAGGAAGGAUGAGGGUGGCAGCUCAGCAGGACAAAUUAACUGGCCUAAGCCACUUGCCCCCUGCCCAGCCUUCUUACAACAGUGUCAGCCCCUUGGCAAAAGGCACUCUUACUGUGAGCAAACUUGGGAAAGCAGCUCCCCUCGUCUUUGCCCUCAAGCCCUGAGACAACUCUUGCCUUGCUGUCUUCCAUGUCAAUGUCAAGACCAGUGUUGUGGGUUUGGGGUUUUUUGGGGGGUUGGUUUGUUUUUGUUGUUUGUUAUUGAGCACUUUGAGUGGCUGCAGCAUCGGUGGGCAGCAGGAACCAUGGAGUCGAGUUCCAGUAUGGGACUGUGGUUGAGGUCAGGGUUUCUCAGCUGUGCACUUUGAGAGCCUGGCUACCAUCUGCUUUUCUUUUUAAUUGCUAUUCUUGUUUACAGUGUGGAACGCUUCCUCCGUGACUCUUUCUAAUGUAUUAUAAUUAUUACUUAAAAGAAAAAACA